AUGUCCACCCCCGCGCAGAAGUCCAGCCCAUCCACUGUGAAGCCCGCCGCGCCCGCGGACCCGAAGCCGACCAAGCCGGUAACAAAGACGAAGGCGCAGGCGCAGGCGCAGGCGCCGGCGCAGACGCAGAAGCCCACGGUUGGUGACAAGCCUGUCGCCGUGCGCGAGGCCGCCGCCGACCUGGACAAGCGCGUCCUCACCGAGAAAAAGAACCAGGAGCAGGCGUCGCCCGUCGCCGCCAAAGGCUCCAAGGAGGCUGCUGCGCCCAAGGAGGAGGCCGAGGGCACCGAGAACGAGAAGGCCGCGGCGAAUGUCGCCCCGAAGGAGAUGCCAGAGGGUGCCAAGGGUGGGGAGAAGGACGUGACCUUUUCGUGGUCCGCCUCAGAUGCCUCUUCGGUCAAGGUGACGGGGAGCUUCGCUGAGUGGCAGGAUACGAUGGCACUGGAGAAGAGGGACGGCAAGUGGACGUUAGUGAAGAAGCUCACCCCAGGCACCUAUGAGUAUAAGUUCAUUGUCGAUGGCAACUGGUGGUAUGACAUCACCCUUCCCACUGCUACUGACUGUGAUGGCAAUGUCAACAACGUCAUCACAGUUUGAGAGGGUAGUGCCAUCGAGAGCGUCGACUGGCACUAUGAUUUGUUUCGUUUCCUAGGGCAUGCCGUUUCCCAAGUUGCAUUCCGCUUGUAAUAUAGCCUGUGCCUACAUACUGUACCCUUUCGUCAUUCUCCUGUAUCUCUCCCUUGCGCUGAACACUGUUAUGUUGUCGUUUGAGCUACCUUGUCUUUCCAGUUAGACUGCAUUUCCGAAACAAUUCAUCGCUCUGCCAGUAAACUCUUCAUUUCUUCUCU